AUGUCAUACCCAUUAGUCGCCUUAGGUAACCCAUUAUUAGACUUCCAAGUCAACGUUGAACCUUCAUAUUUGGAAAAAUAUGAAUUAAAAGCCAACGAUGCCAUCUUGGUUGAAGAAAAACAUUUACCAAUCUUUGGUGAAUGUAUCAAUGACCCUUCUGUUCAAUUCGUCGCUGGUGGUGCUGCUCAAAACGCUGCUAGAGGUGCUGCCUACAUCUUACCAGAAAACUCUGUUGCUUAUUUCGGGUCUGUUGGUAAAGAUAAAUAUUCUGAAUUGUUAUUAGAAGCUAAUGCUAAAGCUGGUGUUAAAUCUUUAUAUCAAUUCCAAACUGAACAUGAAACUGGUAAAUGUGCUGCUUUAAUCACUGGUCAUAACAGAUCUUUGGCCACUGAUUUAGCUGCUGCCAACCAUUUCACCCCAGACCAUUUGAAAAAAGCUGAAAACUGGGAAUAUGUUGAAAAAGCUAAAGUUUUUUACAUUGGUGGUUUCCAUUUAACUGUUUCUCCAGAAGCUAUUUACACUUUAGGUCAACAUGCUGCUGAAACCAACAAAGUUUUCUCAUUAAACUUAUCAGCUCCAUUCAUUCCAGAAUUUUUCAAAGAUGUUUUAGAUAAAUCAGUCACUUUUGCUGAUUACGUUAUUGGUAACGAAACUGAAGCUGAAGCUUACGCUAGAUCUCAUAACUUGGAAACUACUGACUUGAAAGAAAUUGCUAAAUACAUUGCUAAAGAACCAAAAGUUAAUGAAAAACAAAACAGAACUGUUGUGAUCACCCAUGGUUUAGAACCAACUAUCACCGUUACUUACAACAAAUCAGCUGAUUCUUUCGAUAUCAAAGAAUUCCCAGUUCAUCCAUUAGAUUCUUCAAAAAUUGAAGAUACCAACGGUGCUGGUGAUGCCUUUGCCGGUGGGUUCUUAGCUGGUUUAGUCAAUGGUGAUGAUUUAGCUUCAUCAAUUGAUAAAGGUCAAUGGUUAGCUAAAUUAUCUAUCCAAGAAGUUGGUCCUUCAUUCCCUUACCCAAAACAACCAUACACUUCAGGUAAUUAA